UUCGGACAUCAGUCCAAACUCCCCUCAUACCUGCGCACAGACCCUCCCCCCAGCAGGACAGUCGCACUGCAGCACGCUGAGUGGAGCUGACGGAAAAUACUUUUAACAGCAGAGAAUCCAUCCUGUAUCAGCUGAAAUGCUGCUAAGAAGAAACCGACAUGUCCAAAUACUCCCCCUUCUCAUUGCAGUCUGCCGCAUCACGGUGGCCUUCCCCACACAGACUCCAUCUGCCGAUGAUAAUGUCCAGCAGCUCCAGGUGAACAUCCCGGACUCAGGUCCCAUUUCCGCCCCACUGGGCAGCUCCAUCUCCAUCCCCUGCCUGGUGUCCCUGUCCUCGUCCUCCCCUGCUGCACCGCGGGUUAAGUGGACUGUGGUGUCCGGCGGGGUGGAGACACAGAUCUUGGUGGCGCGGGGUCAAAGGGUGAAGGUCAACGAGGCGUUCCGAGAUCGCGCUGCCUGGCUGAACUACACCUCCUCCCCCGAAGAUCUGUCGCUGUGGUUGGGAGAUUUACGCUCCAGUGACUCUGGUUUUUAUCGCUGCGAGGUGCAGCAGGGCCUGGAGGACGCCAGUGACAUUGUACAACUCAAGGUCAAAGGUGUGGUAUUCCACUACAGAGAUGCUUUGGGCCGCUAUGCGUUUUCCUUCCAUCAGGCCCAGAGGGCUUGUGAGGCCAUUGGAGCUCAAAUCACAACUCCUGACCAGCUGCUGGCUGCUUAUUAUGACGGCUACGAGCAGUGUGAUGCAGGCUGGCUGGCAGACCAGUCUGUCAGGUACCCAAUCCAAGUGCCCCGUGAAGGUUGUUAUGGAGACAUGGAUGGCCAACCAGGCGUGAGAAACUAUGGGACAAUGAAUCCAGAUCAUCUUUUUGAUGCUUAUUGUUAUUUGGAGGAAUCUGAUGGGGAGGUUUUUCAUGACCCCAUCCCUCAGCAGUUGUCAUUUGAUGAGGCGCAGUCGUACUGCAGAGCGGCGGGAGCGGAGCUGGCUUCAACAGCGCAGCUGUACUUGGCCUGGACUGAAGGUCUGGACCGCUGCAGCCCUGGCUGGCUGGCUGAUGGCAGUGUGCGCUAUCCCAUCAUAACCCCCAGAGAGCGCUGCGGAGGGCCUCAGCCAGGCGUCAAAACUGUCUAUCGCUUCAGCAACCAAACUGGCUUCCCCGAGCCAUCCAGCCUCCAUGACGUAUACUGUUUCAGAGAUAAUAUCAAUUCUCGCACUGACUCUCCCGCGGGCUACAUGGCCACUCAGCCUGAGGUCAUUGGACAAGAUGUGGUUAUUCUUAUGGAAAAGGAUCGUGAGCUUCAACUGAACCAACGGGCAGAACAGGUGGAGCUCAAAGCCCAAACUGUGGUUGAAUCGUUCCCCUUUUUCUCCAGCUCUUUCACAGAGGAAAACCUUGUUGACACACAUCAAACAAUUAUAUCAGACACAACACAGUCUCCUCUCAACAUCACACCUACAUUGGACCUCCUCGAGGCAAUGAAUGAAACUUUAUCUCCCACAGAAAGGAGCUCACAGCAUCCUACAGCACUGAUAAAUAGCACAUUCAGCACCACAGAAACCUAUAGUUCCCCGCAAAACAUGUCCUUCCUGCUUGAUAUUCACAACGAGACAGAUUCCCACCACAACUUAAACUUCACCUUUGACGAAUCUGAGCCUGAAAACACCACAGGGUUUCCCGAAUCAUCAUAUGAACCUCCCACUUAUAAUCAGACAGUUCUAGACACAACUCCCAAAGACAACACAUCUGAGAGGUCAGAGGAUUCCCACAAAAUACAAGACGCCAGUUUGGAUUUUAACAGAUCGCAAGCCAACUACAGCGAGACAGAAAGGAAUCAUACCCGAGGAGAGAGUUCCUGGGAGGUGAUCUCUGUCACACUUGACCCCGUGGUUCAGGUGAAGCUGGACAAGGCGGAGGUAGAAGAUUCUGUGCAAAUGUUUGUCUCAACUCAGGCCUCAAAAGAAGAAGGAAUACGUGUUACCCAACCAGCUCAAACUACCAAAAUGUCCAUGAAGGAGCUUUCCUCGUCAGACUACCUGGAUGGGUCUGGAGAUAUUUCUCAAGAGAGACACAAGGACGUCGAAGCAGGAAGCUUCAUCCCCACAUCAGAGUCUUUCACUUCCAGCUUCACCACUCAUCCGUCCUCUUCUGCUUCGGCUAGCAGUGCUUCAGCCGAGCCUCAGACUGCACUCACAGAACCAACCCUCUCAUUUGGGUCACGUCAUUCUGACAAACUUGGCUUUGAUAUCCUCUCCACAGCACCACAGCUGUGGGAGUCCUCGAUUUCUAGACAAGAGGGAAGUACAAGCUUAGAAAUUGAAGACACAGUGACUCUGGAAAGUGAAGGAAAACAGCUGCACCCAACAACAUCUGAAUACCACCCUGUUUCUGGAAUAAGUUUAGCAAUCACUGAAUCUCCAGAGGGGUCAAACAGUUCUCAGAUGCCUACUGAUUACUCCACUGUACAGUAUGAAACAUCAGGUUACAGAGUGUAUUCAGAUGCUACAACAACCAAUGAGUAUGAAGAGGCAAGUGGAGAUGAACUUCCUACAGUUACUGCAACCUUGGAAGAAACAGUUAAAGUUGCACCAACUGUUGGAAAAAAUGUUAGCCAAAUCGUUGUAGAAGAAAAUAAAGUUAACCAAACUCUUUGGGAGGUAGUUAAAGUUGCCUCAACCCUUAAAGGAGAAGUAGUUUUCCCAACUCUUGAAGAGGAGGAUGAAGUUUCAUUUUUGCCAGAAGAGGAAGUGAUUGCCCCGACCCUUGCCUUUCAAACAGAUGCUUACCUCGCCACAACUCUUGAAGAAGGUAGUGCUGGACCAUACCUUGAAAAAGAAGCUAAUGUUUCCCCAGUUCUUGAAAAAAAGUUUAACGUCACUUUAACCUUUGUGGAACAAGCCAGAAUUGCUUCAAGCCAUGAAGAAGAAGCUAGCAAGGGCCCAACCCUUGAAGAAGAAGCUAGCAAUGGCCCAACCCUUGAAGAAGAAGCUAGCAAGGGCCCAACCCUUGAAGAAGAAGCUAGCAAUGGCCCAACCCUUGAAGAAGAAGCUAGCAAGGGCCCAACCCUUGAAGAAGAAGCUAGCAAUGGCCCAACCCUUGAAGAAGAAGCUAGCAAGGGCCCAACCCUUGAAGAAGCUAGCAUUGGCCCAACCCUUGAAGACGAAGCUAGCAUUGGCCCAACCCUUGAAGAAGAAGCUAGCAAUGGCCCAACCCUUGAAGAAGAAGCUAGCAAGGGCCCAACCCUUGAAGAAGAAGCUAACAUUGGCCCAACCCUUGAAGACGAAGCUAGCAUUGGCCCAACCCUUGAAGAAGAAGCUAGCAAGGGCCCAACCCUUGAAGAAGAAGCUAGCAAUGGCCCAACCCUUGAAGAAGAAGCUAGCAAUGGCCCAACCCUUGAAGAAGAAGCUAGCAAUGGCCCAACCCUUGAAGAAGAAUCUAACAUUGCCCCAACUUUUGACCCAGACUUUACUGUCUUUACUCUCGAUUCACAAACAUCUGACUGGGCUCUGCUAACCACCACAACAGGACCCCAAGAGUCCCUGAAAGAUCUGGAGUACAGCAGAAAAAACACCCCUAUAACCUCCACAACAGCUCCAGAAUCCUCUUCAAGUACAAAACCCACAGCUGCUUCUACAAAGAUGACCAGCACCACCAUCAGGACCACCACACACUGGUCCAGACGCACCUGGAGCCCGACCACCUCAGCACCAAAUGCUUUCCACAAGACGGCUGAGCCCCAGAAGGAGACCAGCUUCAUACCGCCAGUGGGACAAGGUCUGGUGGAUGCUGAAUUUAGUCUCACCCAGCCGCCCACUCUGCUUAACUUGCCCAAUGAGAGGGCAGCUGUAGGCGGUGCAGGGAAAGCUUCAGAUGUCUGUGUGGAAGACCCUUGUCUCAACGGUGGCACCUGUACUGACCGAGGGGGGCAGAUUCAAUGUCUAUGUUUGCCAACAUAUGGAGGAGACUUCUGUCAGACUGACCUGGAGCAUUGUGAACCGGGUUGGGAUAAGUUUCAUGGUUUCUGCUACCGACACUUCGGCCAGCGUCUGAGCUGGCAGGUGGCGGAGCUGCACUGCCGCAUGCUGGGAGCUCAUCUGGUGUCCAUCAUAACUCCAGAGGAACAGAGCUACAUCAACGACAACUACAAAGAAUACCAGUGGACCGGUUUGAAUGAUAAGACGAUUGAGGAUGAUUUCCGCUGGUCCGAUGGUAACCCACUGCUGUAUGAGAACUGGUACAAAGGUCAGCCGGACAGCUACUUCCUGUCUGGUGAAGACUGUGUAGUGAUGGUGUGGCACGAUGACGGACGCUGGAGUGAUGUACCCUGCAACUAUCACCUCGCUUACACCUGCAAGAAAGGCACCUCCUCAUGUGGUCCACCACCCAAGGUCCGAAACGCAUCCAUCUUUGGAAAAGUUCGACAGAAAUAUGAGACUGACGCAGUUGUGCGUUUUCACUGCGCUGAGGGUUUCCAGCAGAGGCUAAAUCCUCUGAUCAGGUGUUUGUCUGGAGGGAGGUGGGAGAGGCCCCACAUCCUGUGCAUCCCAGAGGCCGGAGGUCCAACCCAGCAUCUUGAAGUGACGUCACAGAGCAGCAGCAACUCUGCAGCUAUUAAAGACUUUGAGGAGUUUGAAGCCACUAAAGAGACACCACAGUACUGGGAAAUCAAGUUUUAAAAGUCAGCAAUGCUUUUUCCUCCUGGUCUCCUUCUCCUUCCUCCCUUCCUGGUUUCUCAAACUCUGCUGUUGUAACAUGAAAAGGUGCCAAGAAUCAAAUGCUUUUUACCAAUGAACGCUUUAAACAGGACAAAACGUUGUUACAGAACGGUAACAAAAUAUACAAACUGAAAAGAAGCCUGAGUGCUAAGAAAGGCUUUUUAAACGUUCCUACUUUUUCAUGUCCUUUAAAAUAUUUCUACUGUAUUUUUGUGUAAUGUAGUGAUAAGCAGAGUAAAAAAUAAGUAAAGUAGGAAGAAUGAAAGCUGAAAUACAGUAAAUGUGGAACUCCAAAUUACUGUCAGCUCCAAAUUACAGUAAGGAUGGUCCUUUGUGGUUUUUGUUAUAUCAGGAACCUUUUUUUAUAAAAUGGUGCUAAUGUCUUUAGAACCUUUUUCUCUCAAUCUUAACAAAAUAUUGAAUAAGUACUGUACAUAUAUUCGUUUUUUUUCACCUGUGAUUAUUGCUGUCCCAAAUCUGCUGAGGGAAACCAUUUUUUAUUUCCAGCGGACGCAGUUUUGUUCGUCAGCUUUAUGUUGUAAUAAAGUUUUGUAGAACAGAGCAAAGAUUAAAUCGUCUUAUUCUACCUGA